AAAAGAAACAUUAGCCUGAGGAGCUGUCAGUUUGAUAAAUUGAGAAAGAAGAGAUUUGGGCUAUAGAAACUCAGCCCAAGGCACAAAGCGGGCUUUUAGUCUUCAGUGACCCGCAUCACCGACCCAUGUUUAUAUAUCUCUUAGUUUUAAACCCUAACCUGAAAAACCCUUCCCACCCACCAUCGGACAAUCGGUUCCUCUCUCUCUGUCUGUGUCUCUAUCUGAGCUGCCUCUUAGGUAUUCUUUUGAUUUUAUAAUUAAUAUUCUUGGUUAACUUUGGUAACUGAUACUAAUUCAUUCAAUCUGAAAAAAGUCUUGAAUCCUUUACUCGUUUUGGUGGUGGUUGGGGGCAGGUACCAGAUCGGCGAGAAUUCUAAAGCAGGAAGGAUGUACCUUCAAGUUUAUAUCAACGAAAAUGGAGAUAAAGUUUACACCACCAAGGAGCUUAGUCUUAUCGAGGUUUUGUAGCUUGUAUACCUGCUUUUGGGCAGUAGGAAUUCUAUCCACCAUCUAAGUUGGACAUUUAACACCAUUCAUAAGUAGAUUAUACUGCAGAUAAGUGAUGUCUCUAUGUAAACCUCCGCUUCCUCGCCUUCUUCUAAAUAAUGUAUCUUGCAUGAGAAAUGCUCAGCAAAUCCUGCGCCAUGUAAAUGCCUCUAUUCAUGAUGGCAGUGCACUUGUUCUGACCGGCACAAAUGGCUCAGGCAAGACCACUUUCUUGCGCAUGUUGGCAGGAUUUUCUAAACCAUCUGCGGGUGAGAUACUAUGGAAUGGACAUGACAUUACAGAUUCUGGUGUUUUCCAUCAAUAUAAGCUUCAACUCAACUGGCUCUCACUCAAAGAUGCCAUCAAGGAGAAGUUUACAGUCCUUGACAAUGUUCAAUGGUUUGAAGUUCUUGAAGGUAAGGACGGUAGCAGGUCUUUGCUUGCUAUAGAGCUUAUGGGGCUCGGAAGAUUAGCAAAAGACAAAGCAAGAAUGCUUUCGAUGGGUCAACGGAAAAGGCUACAGCUAGCACGUUUACUAGCAAUCGAUCGCCCAAUUUGGUUGCUUGAUGAACCGUCUGUCGCAUUGGACGACGAUGGGGUGAAACUGUUGGAGUAUAUUAUUGCAGAACAUAGAAAGAAAGGUGGCAUUGUCAUUGUGGCUACUCAUUUGCCGAUUAAGAUCGAAGAUGCAAUGGUUUUAAGAUUACCGCCAAGGUUCCCAAGGAGGAUGACUUUGGUGGACAUGCUUGAUCGAGGGGGACUAGAUUGAGACGGCGAUAUUCGUGUACAACAUGUGCGAGAUUCCACAAAAAACAGUGCAUCUCAAGCUCCAAGGAGAUUUUGAGAGGGAACCCUUGUUAACCAACUUGAUGGCCAGCUCCUUGGUGUUAGACUUUUUGAAUUGUUUCUUUGUGCUGCGUAUCGUUAUUCUUUGAAGUUUACUUGCUCUACUUUUAGGUAAUGAUAGUUUUUAUUUUUUGUUGUGUAUUUUUUAACAGAAAAACAUUUUAGUGCAAGAAUGAGAAAAACUGAUCACCUUCUAGACUAAAGGAAAAAAAGUAUCAUUGGAAAAUAGUGAGCAUAAAGUUCAUCUAUAAUGUUUGAUGAUGUUGCUUUGUUGGAGUUUCAAACUUCAAUGGUUUUUGUUCAACUACGUCGAGUUUAUCCGAUGUUCCCGAGGGAAGGAACUUCAUUCGUAUAUUAAACUUUUGAGUUCUUCUCUCUCAAUUCAAUUCGGUUUGACACUCUUAUUUUGGAACGUCUCAAAAACAAAAACAAAAAAUCAUUUCAUUUACUAAACUAAUUUCUUUUUUUUUUUAAAAAAAAAUAAGAAUGCUCUAAUCUGUUUUUAAUUUGUCAGUUUUUUAUACUGCUCUUUUAAGUUUUACUAAAAUUAGUACUAAUGCCAAAACAAGUAGAUUAUUUGUCCGGCCGGAACUAUAGGAGAGAAUAGUAACUUAACAAAUUGAACUAAUUUGACAAAA